AUGACUUCCAAAAUAAAUUCUACUCUACACCAAAACAGAUCUGUUCAAAACGAAAAUCAUGUUAUCAGUCCAAAUAAUGUGUUUGAUAUGUUCACAUAUGAAGAUGGAGUCAGUGAACACCCAGAGGAGACAAGUUGUUUGGAAAAUCCUGAGGAAACUAUAGGACCAUCAAGCACCAAUAUUCCUCGAGCCGAGGGAGUUUCAACCCUCACUGAGAUUUUUCGUAUACUAUUAGAGGAAGAAAAUUAUUUGAUUCAAUUUGAUGAAGGUACAUUAGCAAAAUUCUAUGCAUAUAUCAUGGAAAACACUGGUGUCAACUUAGAAUCAUCUUUUGUCAAAGACCAAGGUCUCUAUAUAACAGCAUUUGGCAAUCCAGAAGCUGUCAUAAAAGCUGAGAAUGAAAUUUUUAAAUGGUGUCGAGAACAAGAUUUACCUUUAAUUCUCAUAUCCAAACAAGCACGUUGCUUUUUUCUAGACCAGACUGGAGAUAAAGUACAAGAUUUGGAACAAGAAACUUAUGUAAAUACUGAGGUCCUAAGUCUACAUAAUCAGAGCAACUGUAUAAAUAGUGUUGAUGCAAAUCAGACAGAGAUGAAGUCUUCAGAUGGAAGCCUACGUACAUCUGCCAAAAACAGCAAGGGUGAUAUCCAGACUUUAGAAAUGAAGAAAACAUCUAGUCCCCUGUCUGCUGAACCAUACCUUCAUGUAAGUGACAUGAUUUUCCAGAAAACAGAGGGACAUGUCCCUUUUCCACUCUCUAGUGCCAGUGAGAGAGAUACAGAUAUUAAUGAAAGACAACUGCCUGUGAAUGAGACCAAUUACUGGGAAAAUGAGAUGAUUGAUAAGACCAACACUCUAACUGAAGAUGUGAUGAUGAACUUUCAAAAAAAAUGUACCAUAGGUCUCAAAAGAAAUUUUCUGAAAGAGAUUCUAGCAACAACUGGAGAUUCAACAGAGCAAUCACCCUCAGAAAGUAUAUCGGAUUCUAUGACGCAACACAGUGAACCUGACAAUUCAGUGGAGGUAUUGAACAAAGCUGAUAGCAUCUGUGAGGAUUACAUUGUUUCUUCCAUUUCUGCCCCUUCUUGGCUACACAAGUUUAUUAUUGGUAAAAAAGGUGAGAACGUAGAUGAGAUAUCAAAUACUGUGCCAAAAGUUCAAAUAUAUUUUACAACUGAAGAUAAAAUUAUACUGAAAGGACCAACAGAUGAUGUAAAUUAUGCUCAAGAAAAAUUUGACAAUAUUGUCCAAGACCUAAUUAGCAGAAUGGAAUGCACUGAGAUAAAUGGUGACAGUAAAUUUCAAAAAUACCUGACAAGAAAUAAUGGGGAGAUCCUUAAUAGAAUUACAGAGAAGAACCGAGUCUCUAUCUCAGUAUUUCCUGAAGGUACAUCGAACCACUCAAUCCGAAUUGAGGGAGAAUCUUUGGGUGUCCACCAGGCCAAAGUAGAACUCCUAGAUCUGGCUAAUAAUUUGGAAGAGGAGCACAUCCUAGAUAUAAUCAUCAAACACCAAUUUCACCACAUACUUAUUGGACAAAAGGGUGAAAGGGUCAGAGAAAUUUGUAGGAAAUUCCCUAAUGUUAUCCUCAAUUUUCCACACCCUGCAGAUAAAAGUGAUGUUAUCCAACUGAUAGGGCCAAAAUAUGAGUCAGAAAAAUGUGCACAGUAUUUGAAGACUAUGUUGACAGAUAUUAAAGAAAAUAACUAUUCUGUAAGUAUUUCCAUCAUAAAAAGGCUUCACAAAAGGAUAAUUGGAAAAGGAGGUUCAAACCUUAAAAAAAUCUCUGAAUCAACCAACACCAAUAUUAGUUUUCCAUCAGAAAACUGUGACUCAGAGGAGUUUGUCAUUACUGGAUAUCCAGAAAAUUGUGAAAUUGCACGUAACUGGAUACUUUCAAUUCAGCAAGAGCUAGCUGAUACUGCAGAGGAGGAAAUUUCCGUUUCCCCUAGUAUAUACAAAUAUCUGACUAAUCCCAAAGAAGCUUUGGUAAAUUCAGUCAUAGAAGAAUGUGGGAAGAUCCAGCUGCAUUUCCCAAAACACAAGUCAGGCCUAUGUAAAGUCAUUAUCAAUGGCUCUGUUGAAAAUGUUGAAAAGGCCAAAGCAAAGCUUCUGAAACUCACAGAAGAAGAGGAAGCCAAGAAUUAUUCUGGGACUAUUCAUGUCAAAUCACAGUAUCAUCAAUUCCUUGCAAAGAAAAUGGGAGCUAAUAUUUCCAAAAUCUGUAAGGAGACUGGGACAUGUAUAAUUUUCCCUAACCUUAAGAAAAAUAAUGAAAGAUCCAUAACAAUUAAAGGGACUGAAGAGGCUGUUAAAAAAGUGCAAAAACGACUAGAGGUUUUAAUUAAAGACUUAGAAAAUGAGGUGGAGGACUCCAUAAGAAUAAACCAUAGAUUUCACCACUAUUUUGUUAUGCGGAGGGAUCAGCUUUUAAGAGAAAUGGCAGAAGAAUAUGGUGGUGUGGUUAUUACAUUCUCUUAUGCAGGGAAACAGAAUACAAAAGUCACAAUGAAAGGGGCAAAACCUUGUGUUGAGGCAGCAAAGAAACACAUUCAGGAAAUUUUUGAACCUUUUGAUUCUCAAGUUACAACACAGUAUGUGAUACCCCAGGAAUUCCAACCUUUUAUCAUGAGUUGGAUAUCUUCACGAGUUCAGCAAAUUUCUAGGGACUUUAAAGUUCAAAUAAAACUCCCAGACAUAGGGAAGCCAGUCUUAAACAUGUAUCAAGGUAUUCAAGAGAAAGGGAAAGAAAAGUGGGGAAGGUCUACUAGAGAAUUUGCUUCUAAUAUCUCAAGAAAAAAUGACACCAUAUUUAUCUCAGGCCAAAUGGAAAAUUGCAAGGCAGCUACUGAGGCUCUUGCAUCUUUAAUUCCUGUCACUGCUGAAGUUCAUGUGCCCCUUCACCUACAACCUUACAUCAUUGGACACAAAGGAAGUGGCUUACGUAAGCUGAUAAAGGAACUUGAAGUUCAUAUCCAGAUAUCACAACCUGGAGGAAAUUCCGAUGUCAUAUCUAUUAUGGGCCUUGAAGCAAAUGUGGAACAAGCCAAGAUGAGAUUACAAAAGAGAGUUAAGGCUUUACAAAUGGAAAUAGAAGAUAAAACACUUAGAAAUUUUAAGCUAAUGUUCAGUCUAGAUCCCAAAUAUCGUUCCAUGAUCACCUGUCAUAAGGGCUUACUUAUUACUCAGAUUUGCACAGAGCAUAAUGUUACUGUCCAUUUUCCGAAGAAUGGAAGCCAUGUGAUGCAAGACCAAAUCACUAUAACUGGCUAUAAAGAAAACACUCUGGCUGCUCGAGAUGCAAUAUUGAAACUGUUGCAUAAGAUUGAAAAAACAGUCUCUAAGGAAAUCCCACUAAACUACCAGGUUCGUGGCAAUAUUAUUGGAUUCCACGGAAAAAACAUCCAAAAAAUCAUGGAUCAAUAUCAAGUAGAUAUACAUUUACCACCAAAAGGGUCCUAUAAUCCUAAUAUCACCUUGACUGGGCUCCCUGAUAAUGUACAGAAAGCAAUUGAGCAUAUCGUCAAUCUUGAGAAGUACUAUUUGUCAGCUUUCGUAAGCCAUGGAUCUCAGCAGGAGCAAACUAAGAGUGUCUCUGUUUGCAAUACACCCAUGACACCAUCCAAGAAUUGUGUGAGAAAAUGUGUUCGCUGUUAUGCUAAAACAACCACAAAGCUCCCAGAUAUGGAUAAUUGUGAACACUUUCCAAGAUUAAAACAGCGAAUAUCUUCUAAGACUCAUCCUUCAAAACCAUAA